AUGGCGAAAGUUGCUUCCGUCGGAAUUCCCGUCAAACUCCUCCACGAGGGGCUCGGCCACACCAUCACUGUGGAAACCAAGACCGGCUCGCUCUACCGAGGCACUCUCGAAAAUGCAGAAGACAAUAUGAACAUGCUCAUCCAGGGCGUGACGGUGACCCACAAGGACGGCAAGGUCCUUUCCCUGGAGCAGGUCUACAUCCGCGGCAGCCAAGUAGGGUUUAGGGUUUAG